AGUAGGGCAGAAGUCGGAGACGGCGACGGCGACGGCGACGUCUCAGCUUGUGGACAGGUGUUAACUUCCGAAAUUAGGUAUUGUGGUUAGGGGGCAAAGAAUGUCUGAAGAGGCAAAGUUUAGGCAAAAGUUGGACAAGAAACUCAAAGUGGCAAUUGGGAAAUCCAAGAAUUCCAAGCAAGGGAUUGAAAAGGAUUAUUUAAGUGUUCUAAAUGGUAAGCCUCACAAGAUACAGAAUGGUGAUAAGAGGAACUCCAAAUCAAGCUCAGAAUGUAAAACAGUUUCUGACAGGAGAAGGAAGAGAGUUUUUGCAGCCAUGGAUGGCAGUGCACAUGAUGCCACAGGUGCACCCUAUAGAAAGGCUUUAUCAUCCAGGAAAGGACAGGAUCAACGGAAAAGAAAUGACAAAUCUAUUCGUUCAAUGUGGGUUUCUAAUGGACCAGAGGACAUUGGCUCUACCAAUAAAGCUACUUCUCUUAAACUUAAGAAUGUGGUCAAAAGUACACAAGAAAGCCAUGGUAAAUUGAGAACCAAUUCGAAGCAGUUAUAUAAAACAGAUGUUGGUGCAAAAGGUUCAUUGAAGAAACAUGUCAAAAACAUAUCAAAUUCAAGAAAGCGCAUGGACCAGAGUCCAAAUGCAUCUCCUUUGCUUUCAGCCAAGAAAACCCUGGUUGGUGAUUCAGAAAUCCUUGAUGAUCAGCCAAAGAAGAGGAAGAGAGUUAUAAGGUUAGAUCCAUAUGAUAUUUCAAACAAGCGAUUGGAUGAUGGGAUGUCUAUUAAUGAAAAUACCAAAGAGAAAAAAAAUGAUUUGGAAAAAGAUGCUGAAAUUUCAAAGAAUGCACAGUUCCGAGCAAUACAACCCAGUCCCUCAAUACUUUCCUUUGUGGAAGAUAAUCUCUUGGGACGUAGACGAUCAAUUGAGCUACAACGAGCAGGCUACAAUACUGAGCUUUAUGCUCCAUUGGAUAAUGUUGCUUUUUCUACAAGCUCUGAAAGAGAACGUAUUGAAGAAAAUAUAUUCAGGAAUAAGUUGACUUUUUUCGCUGCUGCAAAGGUUUCAUCAUCAUUCCCACCUCCUGAUAUUCCAGAGAUUGCAUUUGCUGGGAGGUCAAAUGUUGGAAAGUCAUCACUGCUUAAUGCACUCACAAGACAAUGGGGUGUUGUGCGGACAUCAGACAAACCAGGCCAUACCCAGACUAUUAAUUUCUUCAAGCUAGGAUCAAAGCUCUGCCCGGUUGAUCUGCCUGGGUAUGGCUUUGCUUAUGCAAAGGAAGAAGUAAAGGAGGCAUGGGAGGAGCUUGUGAAGGAGUAUGUUUCCACCAGGGUUGGUCUAAAACGAGUUUGCCUUCUUAUUGACACAAAAUGGGGUAUGAAGCCAAGAGAUCAUGAACUGAUUGAUUUAAUGGAAAGAUAUCAAACUAAGUACCAGAUUGUAUUAACUAAAACUGACAUGGUAUUUCCUAUUGAUGUGGCACGUCGUGCAACACAAAUUGAAGAGAACCUCAAGGCAAACAAGUCUGUUGUUCAACCUGUGGUAUGGAGAACGUAGUGAUUUGCUGAAUUAUUAUAAGUAGCUACCUUUGUAAUGAAUGUUCCUUUUUAUCUCAGAUGAUGGUGAGCUCAAAGUCUGGGGCUGGCAUCCAGAGUUUAAGAACUGUGCUGGCUAAGAUUGCUCGUUUUGCUAAGCUUUAAUUCUUUGUAAGGUAGAUGGUUUUGUCCUUUCAUAGCAUUGCAUUACUAAAAUUAAAUGUUUACAUGGAUGUUAAAUUUUGCUUUUCAAAAGCAAAACUAAUAAUAAAUUGCAGCGCCUCAAAUCAUUACUUUCUUUGUUCUAAAUUGGUUGUUGACAUUCUCUUGCAUGUUGGGGACUACUAUACUGCAGGUAUAAUUAUGCUGUUAAGUUUGUUUGCCAGUGGCCUUUCAUUCUUAUUUUAAUCAGCUGGAGGAUGUUCUGUUACCAUUUAAUUUUUUGUAGGAAAUUAUUAGUUGAGAUCAGAAAUGAGAAACCUUGGAGGGAUGCGCUGUAUUUUUUGGUUUUCAUUGUGGUGUGAACAAGAAGAGGAGGUUUGAAACUCAUUAGGGUUGUUGUAAGUCAUUAUCAGUACCUAAAAAUUGAAAUGCCAGCGAAUUUUUUACGAAAAUAAUACGAGCUUAGUUGUGGGAUUCAGGUCAUGGUAUCAAUCUCCAAUCAAAUUCCACUAUUGUGCUGUGGUGGAAGAUAAGCUGAAAAAUGUUUUCAAAGAAAAUAGAAAACCAAUA